AUGUGGACAUCAAAAAAUGGACUCCACUUGUCACCCGCUAACGCCGAGACGCUACGUGCCUCCCAAGGCGACCCGACACACUACGCAACAGCUCGCAUCGAGGACCCAAAGUCUGCAUUCCAGCUGCUGUUCACUGAGGAGAUGGUAAAACUGAGAAGGUCCCAGAAAAACUGGAUUAACAUUGAUGCGACGGAUGCGGAGGCGUCCAUCGGGGUUCUGAUUCUGGCUGGAGUCUACAAGUCCCGCAAUGAGUCCGCCCGGAGCCUGUGGGAUGAUCACACAGGCCGGCCGAUCUUCAGGGCCACAACGCCCCACCGCAAUUUCCAAAACUGGAGUUCAAAUAUGCAUGGAAAAUGCAGAUCUAUACUGGAACAGAGAGUUGUGGGGCUGGAGGGACGCACUGUCACCACAGACAAUUUCUUUACCUCUCGUGCGCUGGCAGAGGAGCUGCUGAAGGAAAAACUCGCUCUGGUUGGAACAAUUAAGAAGAACAACCCUGAGCUUCCUCCACACCUCCUCCAAACUAGAGAGCGAGCGCCCAGAUCAGAUCACAACGGCCGAGUCUUAUGUGCCCAAACGAGGGAGAUGAACGUGUUUUUGCUGAGCACCGCGAGCCUGCGGAAGGGUCAGGAGCCGGGACCAAAGUGUCAAAAGGAGGCUGUUCCUGGAGGAGCUGGGGAGGAUGCUGGUGUAUCCCCGGAUGCAGAGGAGAGGGCGCCUCCCCCGCACACCAGCUGCUGCAGCCAUGACUCUGCAGAUCGACCUCUGGUCCUCUUCAGCCUCCCCGAUGUCCACAACACAACCACGCUGUUGCUAAGCGACGAUGGAUCCACCCUGUACGUAGGGGCCCAGGACGCCAUCUUCUCAUUGGACGUCAGUCAGAGUGACGUCAUCCACCUGAAGAAGAAGGUGGAGUGGAGUCCAUCUGAGAGUGAAAUAAAUGAGUGUCAACUUAAAGGGAAGAACGCAGAGGUCGACUGUCCGAACUUCGUGCGUGUUUUGCAGCCGAUAAACUCCACCCAUCUCUACGCCUGCGGCAGCUACGCCUACAACCCCCAUGAUGCCUACAUCGACGCAGAAAGCUUCUCCAUGGUAAAACAGGACAGAGCUAAAGGCCGCUGUCCGUUCAACCCCUUCCAGAGGAACACCGCCAUCACCGUCGACAGCGAGCUGUUCACCACCACGACAACCGACUUCAGAGGAGCGAAACCACAGAUUUCUCGACACUUCAGCAAAGAUGGCGGCCCAGACGUCAGCCUGGACACGUCUAUCAGCUUACUGCAUGAGCCAGUGUUUGUCAGCUCGUCGUUGGACUCGUCAGACAGGAAACUCUACUUCUUCUUUAGUGAAGUUGGGAAAGAGUUCAGCUUUGUGAAUGACUUGAGAAUCGCCCGGGUGGCCCAAGUCUGCAAGGAUGAUGUUGGUGGACAGAGGACUCUGCAGAAGAAGUGGACGUCCUUUGCCAAAGCCCCUCUGCUCUGUCAGUCUCCCAAACGGCUCCCGUUCAAUGUUCUCCAGGACGUGUUCACCCUCCAGCCACCAGAGGGCACUGACGCCUCAGAGACUCUGUUCUACGCCGCCUUCACCUCUCAGUGGUCCUCAGGUCCAGAAUCUGCCGUGUGCGUCUUUAAACUGCAGGACGUCAGGGAGGCGUUCACUGAGAGCUACAGGACCUUCGACAUGCGGACCCAUCAGUGGAGUCAACAGCUGGGAAAACACUCCUACCUGGGACAGUGUGGACUGGACAACGCUUCAGAUAGUGAAUUAGCAGAGGUGAAGAGGAGUUUCCUGACCAACAACGGUGUAAAACCGGUCGGAGUCGGUCCACUUGUUGUUUCUUCGGGGCAGCAAUACAGUCGCGUGGCUGCCAUGAGGACUCAGGCAGCCGAUGGAAAACAGUAUACGGUCCUUUUCCUUCUGACAGAGUCCGGAUUCCUCCACAAAGUGGUUUUGCUUAAUCGGGGUGCACACAUCAUCGAGGAGAUUCAGGUCUUCAGACAACCUCAGCUGGUCAAAAACAUCAUCCUCUCCCCGUCCAAGGGAGUUCUGUAUGUGGGGACAUCGGAGGGGGUGACCGCCGUACCUGUGGCCAGGUGCUCGAUCUACAGAUCCUGCAGCCAGUGUGUUCUGGCCAGAGAUCCUCUGUGUGGAUGGAGCCGGACCAGCAGGGUCUGCACCGGUCUGGACAGCAGUCAUGAGAACAUUGUUCAACACCUGGAGGACGACUAUGUGGAAAAGGAAUGUCAGAUACAAACCAGGGCCAGCUGGAACACAGAAGUCGGUGUUCAUUUGAACGAAGCAGUGAGGCUUCAGUGUCAGAAGCCUUCCAACCUGGCCACUCUGACCUGGACAUCCCCCCGAUUCAGAAACCUGCCAGAGAAACUCUUCAUCCUGUCAGCUGAUGGCAGUUUGAGCUUCCUCGCAGCCGCCGACACCUUCGGGACUUAUCGCUGUGAAGCGGUGGAAGGCGGGUACAAAGAAGAAGUUGCAAGCUAUGCUGUCCGACAGAUUGCUUCUCCUCGCUCCAUGAACCCGAUUCCAAAGGCCGACGAAAACCUCGUGACCAACGGCAAAGACGAGCCCUACGAGGACAUUUUAACUGAUGCACCAGUCAUUAUUACGAUACAGUCUUCAGGUGACCUCGAAGACUACAAGACAAACUACAAUGGCGAUAAAAUCAUGACCAGUUUCAGUGAAGAAACCAUCUUAAAGAAAGAAGAUUCUGGAUUGAAAAACCCAUUUCUAAACAAUGGUUUGGACUUCACCUCGACCUCCAGAAAAGACGCCCAGUCCGGGAACGAGCUGCCCGAGGAUACUCGGAUGCCAAAAGAGAAGAGCUACUACACUGAGCUGGUUAUCGUUUCCCUCCUGCUGGCGACCUGCAUCUGCUUGCUGAUAUUCGGAGGGAUCCACAUGUGGCGGCAAAGGAGAACUGGCCUCAAAAAGAAUCCACUGGUCAGUCCAGAGGGUGGCAGCAAAACAAACCAAUCUAUGGAGAGAGUUCCUUCCCUGAGCAGCCCAGACGAUCUUGACGUGAAGGUGGGGUAGUAACAGUGAUUUACUGAAAGCCGUCUUGCAGUAUUUUAAAUUUGUCUCAUGAUCAUUCCUACCUUGAAACACAUUUUUGUGAAAUCCUCUUGCUAAAUGUCUUAACCU